AUGCCAAGGCAUCUCGGUUGGGCCAUCCUUGGCGGAGUGGUCCUGGCUGCCACCGUACUGCAUCUGUGUGAGGGCAACUACUAUCGGGAUCGGCGGAAGAACUGCCUGGACCUGCACGCCAAUGGCCAAUCGAACUGCUCCAAGUGCGCCGAGCUCUACGUCUUCAUGAAGAGCCGCGGCGUUCGCCGAUGUGAGCACGUCAACGGACGAUGCUUUCCAUAUCGGACAGUCUUUCCCAGUGCCCGGACCUGUGAGAGGAUCUGCCAGCCGUGGAUUGUGCACGCCACCCUGCACCUGGUCACCACACCCAAGCCAGUUGUGAUAGUGCCCGCGGACUAUUCCGGUGAUUCUUCCGCGGAUGGGGAAGAGAAACAAUAAAGUAACAGUGUUAUGAGGCUUUUA